AUGGUUGUCGACUCCGUUCCUAAGCACCUUGAAACUUUGGUUCGGGAUAGAGAUGGCCCAUAUUGUACCAUGACUAUGUCACAAGCAAGUGGUACGAGACCAGCGCCUCAACAUGUUGAGUCCGCUCAUGUGAUUCCUCCAUCGAUGCUUCGAGAUAUCGAGACCGCUGAGGGGGGACACUUGAUUUCUGUUUUAGAAGCCUUUAUUUCUACAUCUCAUGUUCAUCGACUGAGAAAAUUGCUUUCUGAUAGCGUUGAAGACAAUGCAAUCUUUUUACGAAACAUUUGGUUACUUUCGCCGAUUGUGCAUAAGGCUUUCCGUGCUGAUCACAUUGAAGUACGAAGAAUUGAUCAAUUAAAUAGCUCAGAUGCCGAGGCUUCACAAACAGAGAUGCCUCUGUACGAUUGCGCUACUAUCGUUACUUAUGGACCAUUGGAGAAAGGUUAUGUGGACCCGAGGAAGUACAAUGGGUUCAACGAGUCCCUUUUGGACUUUAUAUCAAAGAGACGCGAGCUUAUAUAUGACCAUCUCACACCCAACCGAACAGGCGGUCCCUUCAACCACGAGCUCGAACUCAACGCAUACAUGUACAGCGAGGUAGGUGGCGGUCAAACACUAGCAGAAAUCUACGGCGGAGAAGAAAAGAUACCUAAUGGCCACCAAUCAGUCUUCACACAUUCCGAUUUCCAUUAUUCCAAUUUAUUAGUGGAUCAAGGGCGAUUUUGUGGUAUUAUUGAUUGGGAAUGUGCUGAUUUCAAGCCCGAAUAUUGGGAAUUCACACAUGCGGGCUUUGGAUCUUGGGGCUGUAAAUAUGAGAUGUCCUUGUGGCGAAGGAUAUUUGGAAAUCAAUAUGAUGAGAUUCUUGAGAUGGAGGAGAGACGAUGGAGCAUCAUGUGA